AUGGUGCUCGUUUCCGAUUGCCAUCAUGUCGACCUACGACCCGACUCUCCCUGCAACGCAAAGAACUCGAAUUAUGGUUUUCAGCCAGAACUCUGGGUGGGCAUUCUCUUUUCCACCCUGUUCGGUCUUACGAUGCUCAUUCACAUUGGCCUGCUGGUCUUUUACCGCGGUUUGCCCAAGUUUAUGAUUGUCGCCGUCGUCGCCGCUGCAGGAGAGUUGGCAGGAUGGAUAGCUCGAACCUAUGGACAUGUGGACCCUUUCAAUCGCGACGCAUACAUAGCCCAGAUCGUCUGUCUGAUUCUCAGCCCGGCUUUCAUCAGUGCGGUCAAUUACAUGGCCUUUCAAAACGUCAUGGAUUUCUACGGCAGCAAGUGGUCGCGCAUCCCUCGCAAGUACUAUGUGAUUGGCUUCUGCAUUGGUGACCUUUGCUCGCUCGUCGUUCAAGCCAUCGGUGGUGCACUCUCUGCCGAGGCAACGACGCAAGACGAGGUGAACCUCGGCAAAAACAUUGCCAUCGCCGGUGUCAGCAUCCAAGUCGCCGUUUCAGCACCGUUCAUGUUUCUCUACCUCGACUACAGCUUUCGACGUCUCCGAGAGUGGGGCAACUUGUCCAAAAGCCAACGACCGUAUCCAAAGCUCGAAAUCUUCAACGCCGUCAUCGGUAUCAGCACCCUCUUUAUUCUGAUCCGUUGCAUCUACCGUAUUGUCGAAAUGUCCGAAGGAUGGCUUGGUAGACUGGCUACGACACCCGUCUACUUUAACAUUCUCGACGCUCUCAUGAUCCUACUUGCGGUCGGUAUCUUUAUCCCCUUCUACCCAGCAUGGCUCUUGCCUCCAAACAAGGACAAGGGCGCAGUCUACAAUGCCGCCGAGUUUGCUCCAGUGCAACACUUCAGCAUGUCUGACAAGUGCUACCCUCAGACUAGCACCGCAGCGACAACAACGCCUGUAGGUUCUACCUCUCCCAGCUCUUAUCACGGUCACAGCCAAGCUUAG